GUUUGUACAUGACAGUAAAUGGAAAAGCCGAGACUUCUUGGAAUGAGACAGAAUCUUAUACCGAUCACGAAGGUAAAUCUCAAACCCGUACUGUACAUUAUGGCGCGGAAGAAACCUAUCUUAAUUCUGUUACCUAUUUGGUAGGCUCUGAACAAGGUUCAGAAGUGCAGUUGGAAAGUGGUAAACACAUUCACAAUUUCAUGUGUGCUCUUCCUGCACUUCUACCUUGCAGUUACGAGGGUGGAACUGGUUUUGUACGUUACACGAUCAAAGUGACAUUAGAUCGACCAUGGAAAUUUGAUCAGACUUCUAAAGCGGCCUUUACUGUUAUAUCACCACUUGACCUGAAUUUAGAUCCUAGAUAUCGGUUACCAGUGAGCAGAGAAUCGACUAAAACUCUUUGGUGCGGUUGUUCUACCAAACCGAUGCGAGUGAACGUAGAAUUGCCACGUACGGGAUACGCACCUGGUGAAGAAAUUGCCGUCACUUGUAAUGUCUCCAAUGAGACCAGAGUGGACGUGGAGUAUCUUCACAUCAAAAUUACAAAAAUUGCUAAAUUUCAUAGCAGAAGUCCACAUAAAAUCAAACACAGUUCAACCGACUUGGUGACAGUAAGUGCUGAAGGAGUUCCUAGAUAUACUAAAACUUCGAUCACAAGAAAUAUUCAAUUACCUGUAAUACCUCCUUCAUUAUUGCACAACUGUAGUAUUAUAGACAUUGAUUAUGUUAUCAAGGUCAAAGCCAGUAUUCCUGGAUGUCACAGGUCAAUGCGUUUAGAACUGCCUUUCACUGUCGGUACUGUACCAUUAAGUAAUAGACCUGAACAACCAGAAAUAGGAUUCGCAAAUGUUGCGCCAUCAGCGCCACCAAUAACCGCGCAACCUGGUGCCGGCGCACCAAAUGAUGACUUACCUCCUUCAUAUGAAGAGUGCAUGUUUGGUGCACAGAGUAUACGCGAUAAUGAUGAUUCUCAAUACACAAUUGGAUUCCAAAAUUUUACACCUUUGUAUCCAGUAUAUAAUUCAAAACAAUAA